AUGGAAUCUGCAGUGCCAGCAAAGCGACAAUGGAAGGGCCGCACCGACGAGCAGAAAGCCGAGCGAGCCCGAAAGCGCCAGCAACAAAAGUCCGGGCUCAACGCGCGAGGAUCACGUACAUCAACUGGCAAGAAGCCAACGAAAGUGCAACGCGUGUUCAACAAGCUUGAUGAAUGGAAGCCAGAGGAGCUGGGAUUCACAGCUGGCAUCAAAGAAAUCGAAUUUGGACCAGACUUUGUGGUGCAGGACGCGCAUCUUGACGCGAUCGCUACAGCUGACGAAGCUUUUCGUACCAAACUAGAGAAGAUAGGUUUGGGCGCGCGUCUUGGUAAAACAAACAUGCCCAUCACCGACGAUGCAGUGGUUCGUCUAGCACGCGCGUGCCCAAACCUCAAGACCCUGCGGCUUGAUUCGGCUCUUCUCAUCACAGGGACGUGCAUCCCACCCAUCCUCACAGCAUGCCCAAACAUCACUUCGCUCUGCAUUACCGGCCACAACGGCCGCACAGGCAACUUAAACCUAGACAAUCUCAAGCCCAUGGCCGACGACCCCGACAUCUCCGUCAGCGCACCCAAACUCAAAAACCUGGAUCUGCGCCGCGCGAUCAACGCUGCACAGCAAGAAGACUACUACGAUGUUCUGAGAGCCAUUACAAGACCGGAGGGUCGGAAAAAUAAGCUGGAAGUGCAGUUUCAGCAUCCGACUUAUCAUUGGGAGAAGGGCUACAAGAAUGGCAGGGAGAAACAGCCGAGAAUGACCCAAGCGAUGAAGGAGAAGGAGAUGCUUGAGGAGGUAAUGUGGGCGGUGAAAGUGCGAUAA